CAUUUCUCUAAGACCGCAUCUACCAUUGUUAGCUUCAUCUAGCUUUUCGUCACGGUAGACAGGUUGGCGUGCGUUAACCGUGACCCUCAAGUAACCCGAACACGAUUUCAGUGCCAAUCUGCAUGUACCGUAGAGCCAUCUACUUUGUGUACGAUAUAACAAUCAGCGAGAAGAAAUGGACAUGUUAAGACAAUGUAUCGUCCCCUCUCAAAGUAUCGAGCAUUAUUGCGGAAGGAGAUCUUUUUAGUCAAAUCUGGAAAAACGACAUUGAAAGUGGACAAAAUUGUCGUUUUUAUUUCGUGUGCCACAGUGCUCGUUUUCUUCGUGCGUUGGACAUGGCUGCAUACGAGUGAACACGGAGUGUAUCCACGAAAUCGGUCAAAUUAUACGGGUAAAAUUUUGUGCUGGGUGUUAACACAACCGGACAACAAGGAGAAAGCGUACGCUGUGAAACGCACAUGGGGAAAGCGGUGUGAUACACUGAUAUUUGUCAGCUCGGUAAACGAUACUGACCUGCCUGCAGUGGACAGCCAGGUGUUUGAAGAUCGCCGGUACCUUUGGGACAAAACGAAAUUUGGAUUUCGGUUCGCUUAUAAAAAUCAUCUCAGCACGCACGAUUGGUUUUUCAAGGCCGACGAUGACACGUACGUCGUGGUGGAAAAUUUGCGGUAUUUGCUGAAAGAUUAUUCUCCUGAACAGCCGGUGUUUUUCGGCAGCCAUUUUAGGCGUGUUGUUAGCAAUGGCUACAUGUCCGGCGGAGCCGGCUACGCCUUAAGCAAAGAAGCUGUGCGCCGUUUCGUGGAGAUUGGAUUAAUGCAAAAAAAGUGCAUUUCGAGGCAUCCUGACAUAGCGGAAGAUGUCGAAAUGGGCAAGUGCCUUCAAAAGCUUAGCGUUCUCCCUGGGGAUAGUCGAGAUGUGCUCAAAAGAGGAAGAUUUUUCCCCUUUACGCCAUCUAAGCAUGUGAAUACCGCCCAUAGAAAAGAGAAAAAGCUACAGUGGUAUUGGAAGAGUCUGUUUCACCCGGAAAAGGAAGGCAUUGAGUGCUGCUCCGAUAUGGCGAUUUCUUUCCACUAUAUCAAGCCAGAUCAGAUGUACGAAAUGGAAUAUCUGAUUUAUCAUUUGCGACCGAUACCGUCUACCGGCUGAAAGAAAAUGACUUAAUAUACGACUACGUAUUACCGUUAUUUCUAGAUAAACACAAGCAGCUGACACUUGGAAGCUUCAGAAACCUUACGCUAAACCUCGCUAAACUGUUGCAAAGUGGAUGUCUUGUACUGUAACGGAUUUGCGAAAUCUCACAAAUAAAAUCUGAUCGAAUUAAAGAAAGCAUUUAGACUUUGUGCGACAAUUAUUCCUGUUGCAGCGUGGUGCAUUGCAGUUGCAUAUUUGCUCAGUUUGACCGCUGCUUCUGUCCCUGGUCUUUUUGCAAUCAUCCACCGAAAGUCCUGGCGCUUCCAUGGCUUUGCCGCAACCCCGCGAAACCA